CCCCUGCCUCUCUGUUUCCCCCCAGCCCCGCUCCCUUUGUCUCUGCGGUGGUGCCUCCCUGUGUGUCUGGUCCUUUCUCUGUGCCGGGGCUGCAAACCGGGGUGGGUGGGGGCGUGCGGGAGCGGGGACCACAGACCUGGGCAACGCGGGGGGCUGCGGUCCUGGCCCCGCACCUCUUCGUUUGUCUCUGCUUCCGACCCUCUCCCCUCCCUAGCUCUCUCUACCCCACUCGAGAUUAUUUAUUGUCUCUGGAGGGUUUCAGAGGGCGAGGGAGAGAAAACUGCCUUCCCUUCUCUCUAAACAGCGUGCACCCCCUACAUACACCCACACCCACACCCACAAUGAGGCUUUAGGGCCCAAUUCCUGCAGAACAAAGGGGAGCAGCCUGUUGAUGGGUGGCUACCUUGACGACUGCCGCACUGGGCCUUACAGGGCCUUACAGGGCCAGAAACGGCAUCGGAACCGUGGCCCCAAGGCCCCUGGGAAGGCCCCUCGGCCUCUCUCUGUCUGCUCUUCAAACCCACAUCCCUGACUCCCUGCUCAUCUCCAUUCUCACUUGACCAUUAGUCACCAAAUCCUGCAGUAUUUUCUGAACGAGGCUCUUCCCUCCGCCCCGCCCCUCCUCUGAAAUUCUGCACAGGGAGCCUCUGGCCUGGUCUGGUCUGGAUCCCUCGAUCUCCUCUCCUCUCUUCCUGCAAACUGGUCCAUCAGCAAGGGCAUCUCAGGGCUCAGGAAAGAUGUGCUCCAUCAAUCAGGGUCUCUCCCUUUAUGUUCCUUAGAGUUCACCACUUUCCUCCUCUUCCUUCCCCUGGCUCUUCACACGUAAACUCCAAGCGGAAUAUCUUGUCAUUGUCAUUCCAUGGGUCUGGCUUCCCCUUCUCCACCUCGGUCUCAUCUUCUCCAUCUCUCCCUCUGUCAAGCUCUCCCUCCCCUGUGUUCCAGAGUCCUUUGUUCACAGCCCUCCUGCCCCGGCCUCCCCUUGCUUAGUCGGUCAUUUGCGACACAUCUCUCUCUCCUGCUAGACCGGGCUUUAGCAUGUGCACGCUGCCUGGCACACCUCAUGGAAUGAGGAUGGAUUUGAAAGCCUCCCUCAUCUUCCCAUCCCCUCUGGAAACACACCUAGAGUCCUACCUAUCCAGGUGCUAAGUCUCGGAAGGAAUUUCCAACGAAUUAAUCUGCCUGCCAGCACUUGAAUUUUCCCUGCAAACCCCAAAGGUCCCCCCUCUUCCCUCACACCUCAAUUCAGCCAGAAGGCUCCAGGCACCCUCACCACUUCACUGCUGUGACCAUGUUCCUGUCUGGAGCCUUCAUGUUCACUCUUAGGCAUUCUGGUCACGCUUCCACGAGCGUUUCUAGGACUGUAUUGAGGUCCUUUAUUCUGUGGAAGGUUCUAUUCUUACUGGGGUUCAGGCUGCAUCGACAGCAGUGGGGGUGAGAAUUGGGCUCUCAUGGACUUAAACCUCAGUCAGCCCGAGCUCAGCCCGACACCCCCAGAUGAGGCCCUCAGCCCCAUUCGUUUGUCAGGGGAGGCCUGUGCAGCAAGUGGUCACAUGAAGUCCAGCUAACGUGCGGCAGACUCCAGAGCCAGUGUUCCUACUGCUGCCAUCGCCAGCCACAGCAGCGUGCACACCGCCUCCCCAUGGCAACCCCGCUCUGGAAUCUGGCCAUUCGUUCUCUGUGCCCGGAACCUCGGACUUUUUGGGUCCCAACAUUCCACUCCCCCCUUAAAGGGCUGCCCUUCAGCUGCAUGUCUGGAGAGGAAAGUGAAGGACCUGGGAGUGGAGGCACAAGAGUCUUGGCUGCCAUAAUCAGAUCACCAGGACCGGUUUUUUCUUGCAUCUGCAUGGGAACCCUAGGAACAGACAGUAACUGCUCCAGGGCAUUGAACCAUGUUGCCUACCUCAGUCUCUUCACAGAGCCCAUGGAGUCCACAGCUGAGGAGACAACUUUCCACUGCCACAGGGACCCCCUGCCACAGCCCGGCCUCACCCCGGAGAGGCUGCGGGCGCAGAGGCAGCUCUGUGUCGCCUGCGCUGUGUGCUGCGCCUUUAUGGCCGGGGAGGUGGUUGGUGGGUAUUUAGCACACAGCCUGGCCAUUAUGACCGACGCAGCCCACCUGCUGGCAGAUGUGGGCAGCAUGCUGGGCAGCCUCUUCUCUCUCUGGCUCUCUACCCGACCAGCCACCCGCACCAUGACCUUUGGCUGGCAUCGCUCAGAGACUCUGGGGGCUUUGGCCUCUGUGAUCUCCCUCUGGAUGGUCACGGGCAUCCUCCUGUACCUGGCCUUCAUCCGCCUGCUGCACAGCGACUAUCACAUCGAGGGGGGCGCCAUGCUGGUGACCGCGGGCAUCGCAGUCUGUGCCAAUCUGCUAAUGGCCUUUGUGCUGCACCAGGCUGGGCCCCAGCACAGCCAUGGGUCUAGGGGGGCUGAGUAUGCACCGCUGGAGGAGGGGCCUGGGGAGCAUCUGCCCCUGGGGAACACCAGUGUCCGGGCGGCCUUUGUGCAUGUACUGGGGGACCUCCUGCAGAGCCUUGGGGUGCUGGCUGCCUCCAUCCUCAUCUACUUCAAGCCUCAGUGCAAGGCAGCUGAUCCCAUCAGCACCUUCCUCUUCUCUAUCUGCGCCCUUGGGUCCACGGCUCCCACCCUCCGAGAUGUUCUCCGUGUCCUCAUGGAAGGUGCCCCCCGCAAUGUGGGCUUUGAGCCGGUGAGGGAUGCACUGCUGUCAGUGCCAGGAGUCCAGGCCACUCAUGAACUGCGCAUGUGGUCCUUGACACUCACGUACCACAUUGCCUCUGCACAUCUGGCCAUCGACUCCACUGCGGACCCAGAUGCUGUCCUGGCCGAAGCCACAUCCCGGCUCUACUCCCGAUUUGGAUUCUCCAGCUGUACCCUGCAGGUUGAGCAGUACCAGUCCGAGAUGGACCAGUGCCUGCGCUGCCAGGAGCCUCCCCAAGCCUGAGCUGGCCCUGCCCUCUCCCCACUGCCAGGCUCUGGCUCAGCCCUAGGCUCUCAGCUGGGCCCUUACCCCUUCCUCUCUCCCUCCUGCCACCUGCCAACUCCCCAGCCCCAAGCCCCAGUGGGCAAGACCAAAGUAAGGGGGGAGUGGGGUGGGAGUUGGGCUGAGCAGGGAAUCAGUGCAGUAGGGGGUGGGGGUCCCAGCUCCCCGCAGUCUGGGGAGCCAUGAGCAUCCUUUCCGUGCAGUUCAUUUGUCUGUGUGGCAGGCUGGCCGCUGGCUGGGGCAUCUGCCUGUCUGUGUGCUGUUGGUGUGCCUAGGCCUGGGGGAGGUCAUCAGGGGCCCCUCCCCACAUGGCCCUCGCUCUGUCUAUGCAGGAGCCCCAAAACUUGCACUUUGUCCGUGUGUUCUGGCCCUGUGGCUUUGUCUGUGUGUGUGUGUGUGUGUUUCUUGGUGCUGUGGCCUGUGUCUCUCUGUGCCUGUGUGGCUGCGCUAUGGUCUCUGAGUCUGCACCAUCCAUGUGUCCCUUUGGGGGUCUGUCUAUCCCUCUGUUGGUGCUGUGCCCUGGGCUUUCCCAGAGAGAGGGAGGACUCCACUGCAGCUCCACAAUAAACGUGUGUGUCACUGCA